AUGAAUAAGAAAAAGAAAAUUUCGUUAUUUGGCGACGACGAGGAAGGCGAGAAAGCCAACGGAAGCCUCGAAAUCAAUAAGGUUCGUGACGCGUACUUAUUCGGACAAAUAAACUAUGCUUCCAUUUAAGGGAUACGCUCAGAAAUAUGACAAUUGGAGAAGGCUGGAGGAAAUGCAGAAGAGUAAGUUUUAGUCGGUGUUUUUCCCGAAAAACGUGAAGUUUACAGUCAAAGAUAAGUACGGAGAUGUUGGCGGCGAUGAGGACGACUCUUCCAGCGAAUCAGAACCGGUAUUUUUUAUUUUCUCGAAUAUAUGUCAUCAUUGGAAUUUUUCAGGAAUGGACGGAUCAGCACGAGGAAGCAUUUCUGAAAACUUUGGGAGCUCUGAAGUCUGGAGAUAGCACCGCCUUCAAAAAUGGAAAAAGGUUGCAUUUGAGCAAAUAGUUUCUGAAAUUCUAUUGUUAUUUUCAGUUUCUUCAAUGAAAUAAGCGAGAAUGGCUCUUCUUCUAACGCUAAAAAGCAGAAAGGAGCAAAGAAGAACGUUAAAAUGACCAUCAAAGACUACGAACGGAAGCUUGUGCUCGAAAAAGGAGGGUGAGUCGGUUAACCAGUUUUUCGUUCCCUCAGUUAUUGUCAAAAACAAAUUGAAUGCAUUUGGAUCCAUGAUGAGAAUUUCAUCACAUUGGACUCAUCCGGCUCAACUAGUAAUUCCCAAUGACUAACUAUUGCGAAAUGAGCCGUGCUGCUUUUGUUCAUAUGUUUCUUCUUCAAUUAACAAUGUCCGCACAAUGACAAGUGCAUCUUGUUGACCCAAGCCCACAUUUCGUUGAAUCCACGCGGCAUUCUUCGGGGGCAUGUGUCGUCUUCGUGUCUGCGCCCUCCUCGUUCGCCUACUCUACGCGCGCUGCUGGCCAGUCCAUUUGCAUGUCCAUCGGGAACCGAAUCCGAUAACAUCUCAUUUUGGCCUUCCACCCAGCUCUUUCUUUUCUCUUUUCCCCCAUACAAACAUCUAAAUUUAUUAGCUGUUUUGCAGACAAAUCGAUGAAAGCGAUGAAGAAGAGGAAGUGCAGAAGACACGUCAGAAUGGAUAUUACGAAGAGCAGGAAGAAAUCAGAAAGAGGUGAGCAGAGGUCGGAAAGUUCAAAAAUGAGAACGAAGGUUUUAGCCUUGCUGCCGCCAUCAAUGAUGACGUCGACGAUGAUGGAGACGAUUUCCUGACGGAGAGAAAGAAGACGUCGAAAGAGCAGGAGGAAGAGGAUCACGAUUUCUACCAGUGGAUGAAAGGCGCAGAGGGAAAGGCCGACAAGGUGAAAGCGAAGGAGCUGAGACAUCUGAAAAAGUUCUGGAAGGACGAUCAGAAUCUCGACGAAUCGGAGAAGUUCCUGAGAGAUUAUCUUCUAAACAAGGACUACGAGCCAGGAGAGAAUGAAGAGUAAGAAUGCGGUUCACUUGAAAACGUUAUAUUGUCAUUUAGAAAUCCGACCUACGACGAAAUUGUUGCACUAGAAGAAGAUGAAAAGGAGCUGGAUAAGAACAGAAAGUACGAGCACAAGUACAACUUUCGUUUCGAGGAUCCUGACCAAGAAUUUGUAAGCGGAGAAAAUUAUUAGACUCUGAUAAGUCUGCCUUUUCAGAUCAAACAGUAUCCACGUACCGUCGCCGAGUCGAUGAGAUCAGAUGACUCAGCACGAAAAGACAAACGCCAUGAAAGAGAAGAUCGGAAGAAACGGGAGAAGGACGAGAGGAAGAAGGAACUCGCCGAGCUCAAGAAGAUGAAACGGUCUGAGAUUGAACAGAAACUGGGAAAGUUGAGGAAAGCGGCGGGAGUUAACAUCCCAAUCACUUUGGAUGAAUUGAAUGCCGACUUCGAUCCGAAAGAGUUUGACAAGAAAAUGCAGUCGAUUUUCAAUGACGAGUACUACGGAAUAGAGGAGAAUGUGCAAGAAGACGACGACGAAAAACCGGUGUUCAGUGACGUAAGUGAUAAAUGGGAAAGGUAUGAAGAGAAUGCAUGCUUCAGAUAGACGACAGUGACUAUGAAGACUACGAUAAUAUGGAUGUGAACGAGUUGAAGACCGAGGAAGGACAAGAAGAUGUGGCGGAAAAAUAUGAAGAUGAAGAGGAUGAAGAGGAUGACGAUGAGGAUAGUACCGAACAGCCCAAAACCAAGAAACCAGCAAUGAAGAACGGAAAGUUCGAUAUGGUUGCAGCUGCACAGAAAGCCAUGAGCAAGGAUAAGGAUGGUAUGCUCGCCUAACCACGUAAUUUAUACUUAUUUUGAAUUUUUUUCAGCCAGUCGCCGCAAAACGAAGCGUAAUGUGCUCAAAGAGGCGCUUGCCAAAAAGAAGCCUCUGUUCAAUCCGAAAGAGAAAACAUUUGAGGAAUACUUCAACGAGUAUUACGCUUUGGAUUACGAAGAUAUCAUUGGAGACACACCCACGAGAUUCAAGUAUCGAGAGGUGGAGCCGAAUGACUUCGGACUGAGCACCGAUGAGAUCCUCGGAGCAGAUGAGCGACAGUUGAAUGCGUGGGCGUCACUCAAAAAAGUGACUGCGUACCGAACUUCGCAAGAGGAGAACUUUGAUAGGAAGGCCUAUAAUGCGAAGGCACGAGAUGUUGACAAGAAACAACGGAUUCUGUCGACAGAUUUCGGAGGGAAGAAGUCGUUGAAGAGAAAGGCCGAAGAAGAGGAAAUGGAAAAUGAACUGGCUGAAAGAGCAGAAGAAGAACAGGACGAAAAGAAGAAAAAGAAAAAGAGGAGAGGAAAAAAGAAGGCGAAGGUUGUCGAAGGUUUGAAAGACCAGGAGCCGGAGGGACCGGAGGAAGCGGAGUCAGUGGUUGAAGAGGAAAUGCCAGAAGUUGAGGAUGAGCCGAAGGAUGAACCGAAAGAAAAGGGUCCAGAAAAGAAGAAGGCGAGGAAGAGGAAUAAGAACAAGGUAGCUGAAUGUGAUUGAGAAAAUUCUAAGACAGUUUUUACAGAAAAAUGUGAUUGCUGAGAAGUUCGGUCACGGAAUGACAGACUCUCGCGUGAAGGCGUAUGGACUGAACCCGGGCCGUCUGAAGAAGGGACUCGUGUAUGGAAAGUGA